AUGACGUUGGUGUUAACGUUUAUUGACGAAGGGAGAGCUAUUGACUGCUUUAGCUGCAUGUCUGUCAACAACAGUUUGGAGGCGUGUGAAGAUACAUUUGGCCCAACUGGGAGUGUCAUUCCAUUGUUGAGCAGAGACUGUCUAGUAGGUUAUCCGCGAUUCAAGGCAACACACUGUGUUAAGAUAACUGGAACAAACGAGGAUGGACAUUCAAUGAUAUUGCGGACGUGUGUAAAAGACAAUUGGGGAAAUGGUUGUGGAGAUAUUCCCUUUCUUGACCAAAAAGACCCAGAAUUAAAACAUUACGUACAUGGGUGUGUGACUUCAUGCAAUACAGACGGAUGCAAUACAGCUGAUAGUCUUCAAAGACGUACCUGGAUAUUUUGGCUUGCAAUGGUAUUAGGAACUUUGAUGACAAAUAUAGGAUAAAACUGAUAUUGCUCAGGUGUAAACCCUCUGUACGUAGGGUUCCAUGACGAUUGGUAGAAGGCAUUCGUCCUCUUGGAGGCCUGUGUUUCUGAGGGUGGCCUGCAACAUUUUGCUCCACUGAUGUGCUUCCAGGGGGUGUUACAGACUGACCGGAUCUUAUGCAUUGGGAGAACUAGUGUCGUUUUGCAGUUUCCAAGCACCUUGAUUAACCAGUUAACCUCGUAUUUCUCAUUCAAAUCAUAUGUAGAAACACACAAAAAUACACUCACUCUUAUUGAAUCUCCGAGUGGCAAGAUGUAAAAUAAGACAUCAAGGAGUAGGUGGAACGAAAGAUAUAUUUUCCAUGUACAUUCAAGCAUUAUCUAUUUUCUUU